AACGUAAACAAGAAGUUUAACUUCAGUUUAUAUUCUCCACAAUCACAAUCGAAACACUUUUCAUUUAACUAGUGUCUAUAACAAAACCAAAGAAAAUAAUAAACAAAGAAACUGGUUUGAAACAUAUCAAGCAAAAAUCUUGGAUUUUAAAUGCACAUCAGUUCUACUUUCAACGUAAGAGAAGUUGUAAGCAGAAUAAAACUUUUUACUUUUCAAAAUGAACAUCAUUUCAAUAUUUACUUUUUGUUAUUUACUUCUUACAUUCACUUAUUCAGAUUCUGCCUCUGUGAAAGUGGGACUAGAAAGUAAACGAGAGAAGAGAACAUUACAGAAUAAUUCAACAAUAAUUGAAGUUCUUUUUUCAACUACGACAGAACAAAUAUUAACUGUUGAUACAACUACUAAGCCUACAGUUCCAGUAAGUGGAGACGAAGGAACUGAAGAUCAAUAUGAGAAAGUCGAAGAAUUCCUUUCGAUUACGAACAUGGACGAAAUAGGAAAUGAGAACCCUCCGAAGAAUACAUCAAUUGAAAUUGUGAAUCGAUUCGAAUUUUAUGAUGAACUUUCAGGCAUAAGUGCGGCAUGUGUAGCGUCAUUUCAUUAUUCCACUACAUUUUUCCUCAUGAUGUUGUCAGCAGAAGAAUCUCAGAUGGAAGAUGAAGAUAAGAGCAAAAUUUUAAUUAAAUAUUUUCCUGGACAUGAAAUAAACAACAAAGUAAGUAAUAAAACAGAAAAUUGUUUAUUAUUCACAAUAUUUAAAGAUAUCACAACAACAAAAGUAGAAGCUAAGAGAACAUCGCUCUAUAAGCUUUCAGAAAAGGUUCCUUGGUAUGCCUUAAAAGUCAGAAAUGAAUAA